UUCUCGUUAAUAUUUUUUUAUUUUUCUUUUGUGAAAACUAAAACCGAUUAUUUCUUCUUUCAAUUCAACGAAUGAAUGACAAUGAACCGAUCAUCAGAAAUCCACUACUUUUGAUCUAAUCUGGAUGCAUUCCAGAAGAUCACUUGCAGAUGGUUUCGGUGAUUCUUAUUCAUUUCCUUCGGAUUUCUCCACGAUUUCAUUCCAAAAAGGUUAGAGUUAAUUUGGAAGGGAAAUGUUAAACAAAUUUAUAAAACGUGGGCAUCGGAAAGUUCCCAAAUCAGAUGCCAAUGAGGCUGCUUAUGCGGGUCAUCGGAGUUCUGGAUCCAAUGUUACCGUAAAUCAUGCUUCCAGAACUACGGUUGCUUCUUCUGUUGCCAAUGCUCAGCAACAGGGUGGUGGUGGUGGUGUUGGUGCUGGAGCAGGAGGCGCAGCACCAACGCCUGCCGCAAUUGCUGCUGCCAUCCCAGGAUCAUCAGGAGUUGUUGAAUUUCUUCCAUAUUUUAAAGAUGUUCCUUCAGCAGAUCGUCAGACUUUGUUUAUUCGUAAGCUAAACAUAUGUUGCCUUCAAUUUGAUUUUUCGGAUACAUUGAAAAUGAUCCGGGAAAAGGAAACCAAGCGUCAAACACUUAUUGAGCUUGUGGAAUUUAUUCAAUCUGGUUCUGGGAAGAUUAAUGAAGCGUGCCAAGAAGAAUUAGUAAAGAUGGUUUCGGUAAACAUAUUUCGCUGCCUACCACCUGCUUCUCAUGAGAAUACAGGUUCCGAAAAUAUUGAUCCAGAAGAAGAGGAACCUUAUCUCGAACCUUCAUGGACUCAUUUGCAGCUUGUGUAUGAGCUGCUUCUUAGGUAUAUUGUAUCAUCAGAUACUGACACUAAGAUUGCUAAGCGCUAUAUUGAUCAUUCAUUUGUUCUGAAAAUCCUUGAUCUGUUUGAAUCAGAAGAUCCCCGUGAAAGGGAGUAUUUAAAGACAAUUCUCCAUCGUAUUUAUGGGAAGUUCAUGGUUCAUCGUCCCUUUAUAAGGAAAGCAAUUAAUAAUAUAUUUUAUCGGUUUAUAUUUGAAACCGAAAGACACAGUGGAAUUAGUGAGUUGCUGGAGAUUUUAGGGAGCAUAAUAAAUGGAUUCGCAUUGCCCAUGAAGGAGGAACAUAAGCUGUUCCUUGUCAGGGCUCUUAUUCCUCUUCACAAGCCAAAGUCUAUCUCUAUGUAUCAUCAGCAGUUGACAUAUUGCAUUACCCAGUUUGUCGAAAAGGAUUACAAGCUGGCAGAUACUGUUAUUAGAGGAUUAUUGAAGUAUUGGCCACUGACGAAUUGUCAGAAAGAGGUUCUUUUUCUAGGGGAACUAGAGGAAGUGCUGGAAGCAACACAAUCUUCAGAGUUUCAACGCUGCACAGGUCCUCUAUUCAGACAAAUUGGUCGCUGCCUCAAUAGUUCGCAUUUCCAGGUUGCAGAACGUGCACUCUUUCUUUGGAACAACGACCAUAUUGUGGGAUUGAUUGCACAGAAUCGAAGAGCAGUGCUGCCAAUUAUCUUUGAAGCACUGGAGAGAAACAUACAGGGGCACUGGAACCAAGCUGUCCACGGGUUGAGUGGAAAUGUCAGGAAGAUGUUCCUGGAGAUGGACUCGGAGCUGUUUGAAGAGUGUCAGAGGCAGUACCAAGAGAAAGAAGAUCAAGCAGAAGGAUUAGAAGAGCAACGUGAAUUAACAUGGAAGAGACUGGAAGAGAUGGCAGGAAUCGAGGUAGAGGAGGUAGAAGAUGAUGAUGACGUUGAUAAUUGUGUUAAUGAUGAUGAGAGUGAUGGUGAUGUCGAUGUUGAUAUGGUUAACUGAUUAAAAUCAUGGCUAUGGUUUAAUUAGUUGGUCGGGUAGGUUCAGCCAUCCGAGUAAUGUAGGAUGAUGAGGAGGCCUAUUUUGUAUCUCCAUGACCGAAUCAUUGCCGAGUCUUACUCUGCUUUUUGAUGGUAGUUCUUUUGUUUCCUUCUUUUUAUCUGCCCGUCCACAUCAUGGAAGACGAGAAACUCGAAAGGCGGAUGAAAAGAUAGAUCCCGAGAGAGACAGAGACAGAGGAAAUCAAAGAUGUAAUCUAGAAUUAUCUGAAAAUCAGAAAAUCAUGUGGAUAAUUAUGUUUGCUUGUGAAGAUUAUUUUUUCCUGCUAAAGAAAAAAGCGUUAAUUUGUUUAUUC